AUGGGUAUUCCAUCAUUUUAUAGAUGGUUAAUUGAAAAUUUUCCAAAAGUUUUGGAAAAUAAUUUAAACGGAGAAAUUAAAUUUAAUAAUUUAUAUAUUGAUAUGAAUGGUGUUGUUCACAAUGCUAUUAAAUUAGAUCAUAGUCCAACAAGUUCAUCAUCAUCAUCAUCAACAACAACAACACCACCAACAACACCAACAACAACUUAUAGUAAAGAUAAAGAAGUUGUAUUAAUGUUAAAAUCAGAAUUAUCUGAUGAAAAAUUAAAAGAAAGAAUAUUCUAUAGAUUAGAUCAAAUGGUUAAUAAUGUUAACCCAUCAUCAUUAUUAUAUAUUGGUGUCGAUGGUGUACCACCAAGAGCUAAAGCGAUUGAACAAAGAAAAAGAAGAUUUAAAUCCUCAAAAGAGACAGUAGAUGUUAUAAUAAAACAAUUGAAAUCAAAGAGUAAACCAAUUACACGUGACUCAAUUAUUGAACAGUUUUCAUUGAUAUUCGACUCCAAUUCAAUUUCACCAGCAACUGAAUUCAUAGAGAAGGUUGAUGAUUGGAUAAAAGAUUAUUGUAAACAAUUAUCAUUGAAACGACAGAAUCUAUCUAUCAUCCUAUCAGAUUCAACCGUACCAGGUGAAGGUGAACAUAAAAUUAUGGAUUAUAUUCGUCAAAAUCAUCCAAUUCUAAAAAAAGAUGGUAUGUCACAUUGUUUCUAUGGUAUGGAUGCAGAUUUGAUUUUCCUAGGUUUAGAAUCUCAUUUAUCAAAUUUCUAUAUCCUUAGAGAUCCAAUAUCUUUAAUAAGUUGUUCAACUUGUAAAGCCAAUGAUGAUCAUUCAAAUUAUGAAUGUCGUUCAGCUAUAGCUUUAAAAAAACAAUUUCAAAAGAAAUCAACAUCAGUCAUAGUUAGAGGUAUUCCAAAUCAAUGUAGUGAAAAUGAUAUUAAACAAUUAUUCUCUUAUUAUGGUAAUAUUAAAAUUGAAAAAAUUGAAAAAUCAAAUACAAAAAAUAAAACUUUAAAUGCAUAUAUAGAAUUUGAAAAUGAAGAUAUUGUAAAUGAAGUUUCAACUAGAGGUUCAACAUUUACAAUUAAUAAUGAAAGAGUUUCAAUUCAUGUCGAAUAUUUAGAUGAUAUUUUUAAGCCAAAAAAUGAAAAAGGUGAAAUUAUUAAAGAUGAAGAUGAAGAGCUAGCUGAACAAGAAAAUCCAUCUACUGAAAAAGCUAAUCAACAAUUGUUGACAGCAGAAGAAAUAGCUAAAAAACAAAAAGAAGAACCCAUACCAGAGAAUGCUGUAUUUAUUGUUGGAUUGGAUUCAGCGGUUUCAAAAUUCGAUAUAAUAACAUUUUUUGAAAAGUUUGGUAAAAUCAGUUCAUUCCAAUUAUCACCAUCACCAAGAUUUAAUAAACAACAAUUUGUAAUGAUAAAAUAUGAAACUCAAGAAUCUGCAAGAUUAGCUUGUAAAUCAACUGAUAUUGAAUUCUUUGGUACAAUAAUUACAAUAAAGAGAGCACAAUUACCAAAAACUGAAUCAAACACAACCAUUAACUCUAAUGGUUCUUCAAAAACACCACCAUUAACUGAAGAAGAAAAACAAGCCAAAGAAAAAGUUAAAGAGAAAAAAAGAAUAAUUAAAGAUUCAAAGAUUCAACAAGUUUUAGCAAAAUUUGAUCCAAAUACACCAAAAGAUGUUGCAAUAUUUUAUUUAGGUCUUUCAAGUUGGAAUGUUAAUAGAGCAUUUGAAAAUUAUUUAUUAUUUAAUAAAGCUGGUUUAGAACAUACAAUUUUAAAUAAUACUACUGAUAAUGACAACAACAACAGCAAUGGUAGUGGUAGUGGUAAAAAGAAAAAGAUAUUAUUCGAUUAUGUUAAUAUUGAUUCAUUUAGAACUUAUUUAGAAUAUUAUUUCUUUGAAAAAAUUGAAAAAUCAAAAAGAGAGAAAAUCAAUUUCAAUAGAGUUAUUAAUGAUUUCACAGUUUUAUGCUUUUAUUUGGGUAAUGAUUUCUUACCACAUUUACCAUCAGUUGGUAUUCAAUCAGGUUCAAUUGAAUUAAUUAUGUGUUGGUAUAGAGAAUGGAUACAAAAUUGUUUAAAUGGUGAUGAUGAUAUUAAAUACAUAGUUAAUGAACAAUCAACUCAUUUAAAUUUUGAAAAUUGUUUACCACUUUUAGAAUCUUUAGCAGAUUGGGAAUCAAGUUUAUAUCCAGAGAAUUUAGAAAAACAAGUUAAAAAAGAUUUUAUUAAAGUAAAUAAGAAUUCAACAUCAAAUGAAUCGUCAUCAAUUGUAAUGGUACCACCAGAAUUUAAAUAUGAUGAUUUAUUAUAUUAUAGAGUUAAAUUUGAUUUAAUUGGUAAACCAGAUGACCAAGUUAAAAAGUUGGUUGAUGACAUGUGUUAUCAGUAUACAUUAGGCUUGCAUUGGGUUCUAAGAUAUUAUGUAAGUGGUUGUCAAGCUUGGGAUUGGUAUUAUCCAUAUCAUUAUGCACCAUUGGCAAAGGAUUUAUUAAAUUAUCAAAAGAGGUUAUCAAAAAUUCAAGAUAGAGAAAUGGUUAAUAAUCAAUUCAACUUUAAAUUAAGUUCACCAUUACCACCAUUAAUUCAUUUAGCAAGUGUAUUACCAAGAAAUUCAGUUGCUUUCUUACCAGAUUCAAUGAAACAUAUUGUUAAUGAAAAUUCACCAUUCACUGCAUCCUACCGUGACGAUUAUAAAUACGAUUUCAAUGGUGAAAAUGUUGCUUGGAAAGCAAUUGUAUUAUUAGAUUUUAUGGAUAUUGAAAAGUUUAAGGAAUAUUUAUUACCAAUUGUAAAUAAUGAAUUAACUGAUAAUGAAAAGAAAAGAAAUUUAAUUGGAAAUGAUAUAAAAUUUAAAAAUGGUGAAAUAAUUCAAUUAUCACCUCUUUGUAAUAAUACUACUACCAAUAAUAAUAAUAAUAAUUAUGAAGAAAAAGAAAUACCAUGUAUUAAUAUAACAAAGAAUUUAAGUAUUAAAGAUUUAUCAUAUCCAACUCGUAAUUAUUUUACACGUUCAUCUCAUCCAGUUAUCGAUUCAAAUUAUAUUUCAAUUCCAACUCAACAAGCAUCAACAGUUGAUCAUAAUCAAUUAGUACCAUUAACAAAAGAACAAGCAGACUUUUUACAAUGGAGAAAAUCAAAAACUGGUUUUAAUCAAUCUUUAGAGAUCUUACAAUCAAUUGAUUUCUCAAAAUGUGGUUGUGUAAAUAUUGAUAAGAAACAAAUAUCCCAAUUCAGUGGUAGUGGUGCUGCUACUGCUACAAUUACUUGUUGGUUAGGUAGAGUUUUAAAUAAUGAAAUAUCAAGUGAUUCAACUAUUUUCAUUCAAUCAAUUGAUGAUUCACAAUUAAUAAUAAAUAUUGGUUUUAAACAAGCUGUAAAAUUAACUUCAAUUAAAUUUGUUUCAUCUUCAAAUAGAGUUCCAGAUAGAGAUUCAGUUCCAAAAGUUAUUAAAAUCUAUACAAAUAAUGAUCAACCAAAUAUUGAUUUCUCUGUAAUUGAAAGUUUAACUCCAAAAUGUACAAUUGAAUUUUCUUCACCAUCUGAACUUGAAUCCUAUUCUUCUUCAACACCAUUCUCUUUUGCUAGUGGUACUACUACUACCAAUACCAACUUUAAAUCAGUAAACAAUUUAACAAUUUUCAUUGAAUCUAAUUUCUCUAAAAAUCAAGAUAAAGUUUCAAUAAUUGAAAAAAUAAUUUUAUCUUAA